AGCACGUUCACCCGGAGCUCUGCAGCUGCGGACCAUACGGCGCACAGCGGUAACGGCCUGUUUAGUGUAACCUUGUGGAGAUAAAGCAUCGGUUCACCUCUUUAGUCUGGGAUUUAGUUCGGGAUUCAUUCUAAUAGUAUAAAGCUGUCGACAUGUCGCUCGCUGCCGAAGCCUUCGUGUCCCAGAUAGCAGCUGUUGAGCCCUGGCCGGAAAAUGCCACUUUGUACCAACCGCUGAAGGAUGAUCAGAUCCUGCUCUCGGAUUGUGCCUCAUCUCUGGCCGUUCAGACCUACCUGAGGAUGUGUGGCCUUCCAGUCCAAGUUGCUUGCAAGGCCAACGCAGAGUAUAUGUCCCCCUCUGGGAAGGUUCCAUUUGUACAUGUUGGGAACCAGGUGGUGUCUGAACUGGGACCCAUUGUCCAGUUUACUAAAGCCAAGGGCCAUUCUCUCAGUGACGGCCUUGAUGAUGUCCAGAGAGCAGAGAUGAAAGCGUACAUGGAGCUGGUCCACAACAUGCUGCUGACUGCAGAGUUGUACGUCCAGUGGUGUGAUGAUUCUACAGCUGCUGAGAUCUCUCGGCCCAGAUACAGCAGUCCGUACUCAUGGCCACUGAACCACAUCCUGGCCUAUCAGAAGCAGUGGGACGUCCGCAGGAAGAUGAAGGCUAUUGGCUGGGGAGGAAAGUGCCUGGAACAGGUGUAUGAGGAUGUGAGCCAGUGUUGUCAGGCGCUGUCCCAGAGGCUGGGAACUCAGCCAUACUUCUUCAACAAACACCCCACAGAGCUGGAUGCGCUGGUGUUCGGCCACCUCUUCACCAUCCUGACCACACAGCUGACCAGCAGCGAGUUGGCUGAGCGGAUCAAGCGGUGCAGCAACCUGCUGGCCUUCUGCAAACACAUCGAGCACACCUACUUUAAGGACAAGAGCGCCUAGAGGGGGCACAACCACAACCGCUUCCAGUACCCUUCGUGUUCUCUCGCGGUCACCCCUUAUUCCUUCACGUGAGCACUGCUGGUGCUUGACACGUAUUAUUUAAAUCAUAUAUCAGCGGGCGCACCUUGCUUGCACAGCCCCCCUCUUCCUCUCUGGUUCCACCAAUCAUCUCGCCUGUAUAUUGUUGCCAUAUUGCAGUGGUCACCAUAGAGAGUCUUAACUCCAUAAUGAUUCACCCCAACAUGAGCAGGAAUCCUGGAUGAGCCCGAGGUCAGCUUCUGGUUGCAUAUAGCCUUCAGGGGUUAGUGUUCAGCCCCUCACUGUUAACACAUUUCACCUGUUGGGGCAGGGUUUAAUCGGCUGUAUAAAGGAGAUCUGAACAUAAUGAUAUAUUGUUAAUAUUGUUUUUUUCACUUGUUUUGUGUAUGAAUUGUGAAGCGUCAAGUGCCUCCGAAAUAAAGGGCAGGAAACAA